AUGCCUGGUGGCCGCCCCUUUGUUCUUGUGCUUCAAAAGGUAUUUUGGGGCAUUGCUAUUCUCUUCAUCGGCGCCUUACUCGGUGCGAUCGUCCAAGGAAACAAACAUCGACAUCCCGUUUUAUUUGCUUUCUUAAUCACAGCGUGGUUGUCCAGCUGGGUUUCACUUAUGCCACUCAUGGGUGGAAUUUGGGAUAUAGCAAAGCCAGUUCCAGUGACUCGUUCAAAUUUACCGGCUGGGCCACACCUCAGGUUAUGUCAAGCAAACGCCAUGCUCGUCGCAUAUUUUUGGAUGGCUAUCCCUGGCUUUGCAUUUGCGUUUUCGGGAGAAGUGCUACGGAUUAUAUGGGAUAUCUCACGAAUCACAAGAAUGGACAAACGUACAAGUAGCGCGAGUACCCUCAUAGAACUUCCUUGUGGUUUGGAGAAAAGACACAAGAAGCUAGUCAACUGGCAUCGUAUUUUCACCGAAGCCCUUAUGGUCGCCGACCGACUGAUCUUGUCGGAAUACUUUCUGGUAGCAAUUCCACUGCUCACAUCGCUACCUGCGCCUUUCAUCACUGCUCGAGCGUUUUAUAGGCAUGAAUGGAAGACUGUACAUGCCGAUCAAUUCACUUGUAUGGCAUUGGGAGAAGAUACGCAGACGAAAGUGAGCUUGGUAAUGAUGUGCCACUUCGCACCCGCUACAAUCUUUGGCUUCGCAGCUGUGAUCUCAUAUCUAUUCUUUCGAAGAAGGACACGUUCAUUCAUCCGAUCAAAGCUACACACCCGCCUACUUUUACGUCUCGUGUCUCUUUCUGUUCUCUCGGCUCUCGGUGCAUUGGUCUACCUAAUCCUACGCAUAGGCCCAACAGGGUACCGAACUACCUUGUCUCGUAGUUAUGGUUGGGUGCUACCGAUGUAUAUGAUUACUUUUCCGCUCAUCGGUGCUAGUUUUUUUGUCGAUUCGGAUAUCUUGACAGUCUGGCGAAGUUGGUUGAAUAUCUGGCGACCAUCAUUACCACCUUCAAAACCCCAACCCAAAACCAAAACACAAAAAUCUUUAUCUCACUUGGAAAUCUCAUUGCCCAUGCGACCUUGUAAAUCAUUUACUGAAAGGAAAUCUUAUUACGAGAUCAAUUCGCCUAUAUCUGUUUAUAGCGACUACGAAAGAUAUCAAUCACCUGAAAGGACAUUACCACCUCGACCACCACCACCACCACCUCACUUAAGACUCAUAGACUUACGAAUGCCAACGUCAUAUAUUUCAUAG